UAUAGCUUAUACAUCAAUUUAUGGCAGUAAAGCUUAGCUAGAAUAUUUUGUUUUCACACAGCAUUCUCUGGUUGAUUGCCUUGUAAAAUAAGAUAGCAGUGAACACAGAAACCUAAUGCAGCAAAACAUUUCUUGUGGUACUUCCUAUUUCAUGCUGUUUUGCAUGUGAGCAGAGGAGACUUAUAUUUAGACCUCAUGCUUAAACUCACAGUGAUUUCAAAUUCAUAGUUGUUUCACUCUUACUUGGUAACAACAUUUGGAUUAUUUGCUGGUGCAGACGGAUGUUUUAAUCGGUGGAAUCAUUCAGAAUAAGAUAGUACAGUAUGGAUGGAAGCUCAUUAUCAUCCCUGUCAGAAGAAGAAUCUUCAGCUAAACAGCAUUCUCUCCCUACAGAGACAAAUGAACAGAAGACUUCACUGGACUCGGGGCCGGUGGAGGAUUUGGCGAAAGGGGAGAGACUGCUCUCAGGAGAGGAGCAGCUGACCCUCAUCACAGAGAGCAUGUCAGUCACAACUGCAGAUGAGGAGAAGCUUCUGCUACUCAACAGGAACACAGAGCUGCGCAGACUCAACAAAGAGCUGAUGAAGUUAAAUGAGGACUGGGACCACAUCUACCGCAGUACAAGUGAAGGCCUGCAACAGCAAGUGACCACCCUGGAGCAGGAGACCUCUGAUCUCAAGCAGCUCAACAGCAGACUCCUACUCAAGGUGGAACAUGAACAGAAUAAACGUGAGUACUAUGAACACACGCUGAUGCAGGAGCUAAAGAAGAACCAGCAUCUCCAAGAAUACAUCCGGCUCCUGGAGAGUCGCCUUCAUCACACCGAUGCUCUGAAACACUGGUCUACAGGGACAGAGAACACAUCAGCACUUACCAGACCACUAGACGAACAACUCAUGGAGCGAAACCCCAAGAUGCAAGUGGGGCUCGCCUCAACCCCAGGGCUCUCUGUGUCCGCAGGCCCACCUUUAGAAUCCCGGCAAAGGAACAGGUCCAGCCGAGGGAUCCCUGAGAGCUGCGAAAGCCAGGCAGAAAAUGUUAAGGAAGUGCAGGACCUGAAAGAGCAGCUGGAAGCCUUGAGAUGUCAGACCAAAAUAUAUGAGGCUGACUAUAAAAUAGAGCACAAGGACCACGAACGCAUGCUCCAAGAAAAUAAAAGGUUACGGCGGCGCGAGGGAGAAAUGCGCCAGCAGAUGUCGCUGUUGCAAGAGCAGCUGAAGGUAUAUGAGGAUGACUUCCAGAAGGAGCGGUCAGACAAGCAGCUCCUCCAGAGACUGCUGAUGAGAAAGACUCCAGGUACGAAGGAACCAGUGCUGGUCCACCGCUGCAACAACGACCAGGAGCGAGUACGCGGAGAGUGGCAGAAGAACAGGGAGGAGGAGGAGAGAAGAGCUGUGUGUGUGUGCCCCAAACACUGCAAGCACCAUAGACAGCUGGAAUACCCCUAAGACAGACAAACACACAAGUACACAGACACACACAGACAUCUUUAUUAAAAAAGGAAUGUAACUGUAUAUUUAAUGAAAGCUAUACAUUAAAAUGUAACUAUUUUAAGAAAUUUUAAAAUGUACUUAUUUGAGGCUUUAGCUUGUUCUAUAUUGAUCAUGUGCUUCAAUGCUUCAGCUUACAUUAAAAAACACACACACACACACAUUGCUUUGUAUAUCAAAAACAUGAAUGUGAAUGUGAGUAAAAGCUAUUGUUUUGUAAACAUUAAAAUAUACUUAUUUAAAGUUUCACUUUCACCCUCACCCCUAUAAAUAAACAUAGCACUGUGCACUAUAAACUCCCAUUCAAACGAGCCUGUACGUGGAUAAUUCCUAAACCCAGCACAUUCAGCCCUACCAGCCAGAC